UAAUAUUCCCACCAAUUCCAGUAUGGAUAAGAAGAGGAUUUUGUUCAUAUGAUUCUUUUAUAAAUAUUUUGCUUUUAAUAUUGGGAUAUUUCCCAGGGUUGAUUCAUUCCUGGUAUAUAAUUGCUAAAUAUCCCCCUUAUAGUCAACAACAACAACAACAUAUACAACUGAUAUAUGUAGUAUAUAAAGGCGAUUUAGAGAACCAAUUACCUAAUCGAGAAAUACAUUAUCAUCAUUGUCAUCAAACAUCACAUCCACAACAACCACAACCACACCCUAAUACUGCCAUCAUAUCAAAUGCUAGUAGAGGAGGAGAAUAUGGAGCUGUAGUUGAAGAGUCGUCUUCUGCUCAAUUACAGCAGCAGCAGCACCCACAACCACAACCACAACCACAACAACCCCAAGGAUAUCUUAAUAGAAAUCCACCUGCUUAUACUGAAUUUGAUAAUAAGACUCAAACUUAG